AUUAUUAUUUCUCUCCUGCUUGUACCUCGGACAAUGUACCAGGACUAUCCGGCGAAUUUUGAUACCUCCUCUCGGGGCAGCAGCACUUCUCCAGGGCAUCCGGAAACUUACUCGAGCAUCACAACUCAACAGAAAUUCCGGGUCGAUAUGCCAGGAUCGAGCAACACAUUUAUUCCUACUCUCAACGCGAUAACCACCAGCCAAGACCUACAGUGGAUGGUUCAGCCCACUGUGAUAACCUCCAUGCCAAGUGCCUACUCUCGCUCGCAUCCCUACAGCCAUGCAUUGCCCAAUCUGUCUUCAAUUACUGGACACACAGCCCUACAAAGGCCUGGUGUUAUUAAAACCAUUGGGACCACCGUGGGCAGGAGGAGAAGAGAUGAGCAGUUAUCACCUGAAGAAGAAGAGAAGCGAAGAAUUAGAAGAGAAAGGAACAAACUAGCAGCAGCUAAAUGCCGUAACAGGCGCCGAGAGCUGACUGAGAAACUCCAGGCAGAAACCGAGGAGCUGGAGGAGGAGAAAUCAGUGCUGCAAAAGGAGAUUGCUGAACUAGAGAAAGAGAAGGAGAAGCUGAAAUUCAUGUUAAUGGCUCACAGCCCCAUGUGCAAGAUCAGCCCUGAGGGCCAUCGAACCCCUCCGCCUCAUAACCUCCAGGCCCUGCGGACUGGAAUGAGUGGUCCUGUGGUGGUGAAGCAAGAGCCUGUGGAGGAAGAGAUCCCUUCUUCCUCUUCAGAUCCUGAAAAAGGGCAGAGAUCUGUCAUUAAGCCCAUCAGCAUUGUUGGGGGGUUUUAUGGAGAAGAACCACUCAACACACCCAUUGUGGUGACUUCAACUCCUGCUGUCACCCCUGGAACAUCCAACUUGGUCUUCACCUAUCCCAGCGUGCUGGACCAGGAGUCACCCCUCUCCCCAUCAGAAUCCUGUUCCAAAGCUCACCGGAGGAGCAGCAGCAGUGGGGAUCAGUCAUCUGAUUCCUUGAACUCUCCAACUCUGCUGGCGCUGUAACCCUUUAGCCACCACUCCACCCAGUUACUCUUGGGGGGGAAAGCCCCACCUCAAGAUCAGAGACAGCACAAUGGCAUUCAAGCACAAGGCCAACAAGAGCCAGGAAAGGAAAUGAUGUUGCUCCAGAUAUUUCCUUAGACAGGAAGACUAGAACAAAUGAAAGCUAUAUCAGUCUGGAGUUGGUAAGCGGCAGUCACAAUCCCAGGACCCA